AAUUAAUGCAGUAACGAGGCUCUUGUGGGAGGUGUGAUGUAUAAAUAUGUGAAGAUGUGUGGUAUGGUCAUCAGUUUACUUUGAUCGCUCUUGUGUACCAAGUUACAGUGUGUUGCAAAGUGUGGUGGACUAGCCAAGCAAUAUCAUCAUGAGCAAACAGAUUAUCUUAGCAGUAGCAGUGGUGUUGAGUGUGCUAGCUAUUGCUGCUUGCCAGUUCUCGAGCGAUGGUGAAGAUGGUGGAUAUGAUGGGGGCGAUUUCGAAGGCAGUGAUCUCGGAGGUGGUGACCACGGCUACCACUAUCACCACGACGAUCACCACAAGGAGGAACACCACGAAGCAAAACCCUACUCGUUCGAGUACAAAGUGCACGAUCCUCACACACACGACAUCAAGUCGCAACACGAGACAAGCGACGGCCACGGAGUGAAGGGAUAUUACUCCCUCGUGGAGCCUGACGGCACCCUCAGGGAGGUCCACUACACCGCCGACAAGCACAAGGGAUUCAACGCAGUGGUGCACAGGUCUGGCGGUCAUGGAGGACAUUACUGAGUCACAAUCACUAAAAAUUGUUAACUAAGUUUGUAAGAUCUCUUUAGAAAUGAAUAAAACCAUUUAAGAAAAA